UUCAAAGGUGAUCGUGAUCGCAUUAUACAGCUGCUAACCAUCUCAUCCGCCUCUGCCAUACAAAAGGUAAAGUCGUAACCCGCCUCGACUAUCAAGCAUACAGCAAGCUCGCCAUCAAGACAAUGGCGGACAUUAUUCGCACCGCGCAUGCCUCCCACUCACGUUCGGACCACCAGUCAGAGCAGAGCGGCGUGACUUCCUUGAUACGGUCGGCGGUAUAUCAUCGUCUGGGAACCGUUCCUGUGGGAGAGCCCUCGAUCGUCAUCGCAGUCUCAUCACCACAUCGGAAGGAAGCAUUCUUGGCGUGUGAAUACAUCUUGGAGGAAGUGAAAAGGAAAGCGCAGAUAUGGAAGAGGGAGUUUUAUGAGGGAGAGCGAGAGGAGGAGGCAGAGUGGAAGGCCAAUGUAUAGACUAGCCGAUGGGUGUCGCUGGGAGUCGUCAUGAGAUUGAUUAUCGUCAAAAAUAGGUGGUUUGGAUGACAUGCAAACCCGCGGAAAUCAAUCGACUUUCCACUUCGUUGUGACGCUGUCACCGUCGUCGCUGCUCACGAGCAGUUCUAUCGACCAGAUGACGAGUGUGAUAAAUAUGUUCAUCCAUCGCCACCAUACUUGCGCGGGAUGAUCCAGCA